GCAAGCACCGGCCCAGAUGGGGGCUGAAAACUUCUGCUGUUGCUACAAAUAAAAUCAAAAGAAGACACGGAAAAAAGUCGAAAUGAACACGAAGUACGAACGAACGGUCAAGGAAAGGGAGAGGAUUCACAUUCGAGGACGAAGAAUUGAACAAAAUUAUAUAUAUCUAUUUCAGAAAGAAGAAGAAGAAGAAGCAAAGAAACUAUUUAAAUUUCGGAGCUCCAUUAAAACAACCAAAAAAAGAAAAGCAGCUGCUGGUCUUCGUCCCGUUCUUCCUUUGAAGGCGAAGACAGAUUAUCGGCCAUCGGACUGAUCCGUUUCUCGUUCACAUCUGAGAAAUGAACACCAACAAAGAACUCGGCGUCAUCAGCUAAAACGUAUUCAAGACCAGCAAGAACUGGGUUGGUUGAAUCGUUGCGUUUUCUUUGAUUUUGUAUACAAACAUAUGGUAGUGUCAUGUGGGCGAUCGUUCACGAAUGGAUCUUUUGGUGAAUAUUAACGGAAUCUAAGGCGACCGUGGUGGAGGAUGGCUGAUGGAAUAUCAAGUUUCUGGGGUCCUGUAACAUCUACGACAGAGUGCUGCGAGAGGAAUUAUGCUUAUUCUUCUUAUAUUGCUGAGUUUUACAAUACAGUCUCAAACAUCCCAACCAUUCUUUUGGCUCUGAUCGGUCUUGCAAAUGCCUUGCGACAACGUUUCGAGAAGAGAUUUAGUGUACUCCACAUAUCAAAUAUGAUACUAGCCAUUGGUAGUAUGUUCUACCAUGCCACAUUGCAAAAAGUGCAACAGCAAGGUGAUGAAACACCAAUGAUUUGGGAGAUGCUUCUUUACAUGUACAUUCUCUAUUCACCUGAUUGGCAUUACCGAAGUACAAUGCCAACAUUUCUCUUCCUCUAUGGAGCCAUGUUCGCUGUGGCUCAUUCGAUUCUUCGUUAUGACAUUGGUUUCAAGGUGCACUAUGUGAUUCUCUGUCUCCUUUGCAUACCUCGGAUGUACAAAUAUUAUAUAUACACAGAAGAUGCCUCGGCUAAGCGGUUAGCGAGGCUGUACUCAUUGACUCUUCUCUUAGGCACUUUCUGUUGGGUUAGCGAUCGGGGUUUGUGCGAGACGAUAUCACAUUGGAUCAUCAAUCCUCAAGGACAUGCCCUGUGGCAUGUUUUCAUGGGUUUGAGUUCUUAUUAUGCGAACACAUUCUUAAUGUUUUGCCGGGCGCAACAAAGAGGAUGGUCCCCUAAAGUACUUCAUUUAAUGGGAGUUCUCCCCUACGUGAAGAUUGAGAAACCAAAAACACAGUAAGAAGACAGGCAAAAUUUUGACCUAUGUUGAGUGUUUCCAUGGAAGUAGAGAGAGAUUUAAAAAGAAAAAAGAAAAAACAAUCUUUUUGGCAAUGUUGUUUCUUUUCCUUCUUUCCACUAUGGAACGAAUAGGAACUUAGAUUUUUUUUUUUUUUUUUUUUUGUAGUAAAACGCACUUAUGUAUUUUUGUUAAUUAACAUGGAGCAUUCUUAUUUCAGAAAA